ACUCAGCUCUAAGCAGCCGAUCCUAGAUGGCUAUCAGCUUGGAAGUUUACCAUGCAGUGUGACGGGUACAAAAGUACCAGCUGGCCCGCCCCAGUCGCCAUACUUCCACCUCGUCUUUCCUCCGUCACUCUCAGGGUUGAAGCAUACCAAAAAGUUGCAGGCGGUUAACGACAUCGAACCCCCACACUGUUUGUCAAAGGCGAAACAUUUCCACGAUCACAAUGGCAGACAAAGCACCUGGUGUCCCCGCUGCGGCUUCGAGCUCCGAGUGGUCUCAUUCAUUCUGGGCUUGCUGCUCGCCUGUUGAUAAAUGCUUGUGCGCCUGUCUGCUUCCAUGCUGUCUCUUCGGUCGAACUCAAUCUCGCUUGCAAAACCCGGCUGAGAAGCCUUCAAGUUUCAAUGGCAUGUGCUGCGGAUGGUGCUGUCUUUCCAUGGUCGGCUGUUCCUGUAUCCUACAGGGCCUGCAACGAGGCAGAAUGAGAGAUCAGUACGGCAUCAACGGUUCUACUUUUAUGGAUUUCUUUGCAUCGUGCUGCUGCCCUUGCUGUGGCUUGUUGCAAGAGGAAAAGGAAGCUGUUGCAAGAAUAGAAUCGUCGGGUUAUCAGCCGCCACAGGGAAUGGUAUACUCUUAGGGCCUCACGCCUGCGGCGGAGCCUCCAUCGAUGGCUUGGUCUGAAAAAUGGUCCGUUGCUAGGGAUUGAAACGGCUCUGACCAUAGAUCAAACGAGCUACAUGGAUCACCCAAAGCGGUCCGUCUUAAAGUGAAGUUUCUUUUGGGUUCUUAGACACUUUUUUUGUGUGUCUCGAUUUGUGCAUGAUACCAGAUCUAUAAUUACUUUCGUUUAAUUUUGCUCUGUUUAAUGAAGAGGUUGGUGCCAGUCGCGAGUUCUUUUGAGGAACUUGAAUCUCUAGCCUCAUGCAUAUUAAUAAAUUUGAGACUAUUAUGCCCCCAUGCAAGGACGAGGAUGUUCUGGUGAUAACGGUCCAUCAUUUUGGGGAAGUCCACCAAUUUUGAA